AGAGAUACCAUUUUGUAAUUACCAACUAAGAUUUUUUUUCUUCCCGCAGUUUCUCAAAGUUGUUGCAAUGUCAAGUUUAAUUGGACAAACUUGGAAAAUUCUAGUCAUUCAAACAACGGUAGAUGCGUCUUGUGAUUGGUUCCUAACGCAGGAAAGUCUUUUCUUUCCUAUUAUGUUCUUGAGAGGUAACUCGUUCUUUAUCUAUCGAGUCGAUCAUUGUUGCUUGUAUCCUCCACAAGUUUUAGUUCUUUCUGAUAAGAUUUAUAUUUACAUUUACAGAAAAUAAUAGGCUACAAUCAUACAAUAGUUAGUCCACAGCCUGGGGGAUACCAAAAAUUAACCCUAAACCUAAUCUACUUGAUGCCAAGAUCUGCUCCAAAACAGGUAAGACAUCUUCCAAAAUCACUUUAUUUGAUUUAUCCCUUAGGUUGGUUAUAUUCUCAUUCCUAAACUUACUUCCACAUUACUGAAUGAAUCUGUAUAGAAUUUGUAGUCUCGUGGCAAUAUAGUAUGUAACAUGUUGGUGGUCUGUAGACUAUAGCCAAAUCCUAACAUAAACCUUCAUGAGGUAAAUAUAAUUUGGAGUGAUUCCAUAGUUUUCAAACAUAUGGGCAUCAAUUUAGAUUCUUGAAAAAAAUACGAUCCUCUGUUUGGUAAGAAAUUAAACAUGAACCACCUAGUAUAUCAAUUACGAACAAAUGAACUUAAUAAACCAGAACAUUAGUGAGUGGUCCUAUGUGAUUUCAACACCUUGAAUUAGCCUACACGACAAAGAAAAUAACACUAGAAUUAGCGUAUGUAUACAAAUAGAUAUAAUCUUUUUUAUAUACAUAAUCAGUUUUUUUUCACACAAUAAUUUAGCUAAAUCAGAAAGGGUUAGUGGAGGACUAAUCCGGAUAAGAAAGUAGUGGGGUCGAAAAGAUAAAAGAAGGAAAGAAAAAGGGGUGGAAAAUAUAGUAAAAUCUAAAAAAGUGACCGAAGAAGGAAAGAUAAAUUAGUUAGAGCAUCACAUCCCCUCCGACUCUGGUCCCCCAUGAGAAGCUCCCACGGAGAAACGAGAGAUGUGGUGGCCUGGUGGGUGGGGUCCAAUGGCAAAAAUAACACACACAUCUCAUAACACCGUUACUUAACGGAACGUAAAUGGUCUUGAGGUUGAAGUUCGAGAAGAAGACAAAAAAGAAAAGACGUUACCUAAGGUCGAAGUAAAAGAUAGAAGAGUUAACGGGGGUUAGUGAAAGGAAACGACAACGUGGGAUACUAACGUCUGUGUCAGGGUGAAGAGAGAGAGGAGAGUUAAUGUAGAGUUUUGUCUGUAUUCUGAAACAAGUUCGAAUGUUAGAGACUAAGGAAACAAAAUAAGAAAAAGAAAAUGCUUUAUGGCUCAUAAGGCUCGCAAAUAGCCGCACCGCUCCUCUCACAUGUUGUUAAUAACAUAAGUCUCCAAUUUAUUUUCUCCCCAUCCUCUCAUCUUAUAAGAGAGAGAGAGAGAGAGAGAGAGAGAGAGAGAGAGCCUUUUGUGUUCUUGUUUAGGUUUUCAUUUUUAUGUUCUGGACUUUAGGCUAAGACUCUGUUAUUUUUUUUACCACCUUGGAAUUUUUGGGUGUUGUUGCUGUCUUAAAGAAAAAGCUAUUGAGGUCCCAUUAGAGAGGCAAGAGUGGGAAUAGGAGUUUCUGUUUCUGUUUUAUGUGUGUUUAAGGUUUAUAGAGUUGAGAGUUUUGAGUGGAUAUAACAGAAAGAGAGAGAGAGAGAGAUUUUGUAUGAUGGGGACAAGAGCAGAACAUAAUAAGGAAGAUUUUGUUGGUUGUGGGUUUGGAUUUGGAGUUGUAGAACCUUCCCACAGAGAAGUUAUGAUACCAUCACAUCAUCAUCAUCAUUAUCCAUCAUAUAUAUCUCCUUCCUCUUACUCUGGUUCCGCUGGUGUUACCGACCCUGUCUUCUCUUCUUCAACCAAUCAUGCUUACACUUGUUCUCUUGGUGAAAUGUACUCCCUCGCUGGUUCUAACUCUGCUGCUGUCUCAGCUGCAGACCCUUUAUUCACCUUGAGCUCUUCAGGGGAGAUGGGAAGAAGUAUGAGUGAGAAGGAAGGUGCAGCAGCAGCAGCUUUCAGUGAAUCUCAAUGGCAGGAGCUUGAGAGGCAGAGGAAUAUAUAUGAGUACAUCAUGGCUUCUCUUCCUGUUCCUCCUGAGCUUCUCACUCCCUUUCCCAAGCACCCUUCCCACACUUACCAUCAUGAUGUGGCGAAAGGAGGUUCGUUGAAGCUGGGGAUUACUUCAAACGCAAGCAACAACGCGGCUGAUAUGGAGCCAUGGAGGUGCAAGAGAACAGAUGGGAAGAAAUGGAGAUGCUCUAGAAGCGCAGUCCCUGAUCAGAAAUACUGUGAGAGACACACGCACAAGAGCCGUCCACGUUCAAGAAAGCAUGUGGAAUCAUCUCAACACAAUGACACUCGCACCACUAAGAACGCUGCUAGCCACUAUGCUGGGACUUAUCCUCAGCUUUACGGACAACCCGUUAAUCCAUUUUCAAAUGAUCAUAGGUGGUUUAUGAAAGAAGACGAUUCCAAUGCAAAUUUAAAUCCAGCGGUUGGACCAAGCAGGGAGCUUAAACUUGGAUUUGAUUAUGAUCUGAACUUCAGGCAGGAGGAGGCAUUAGUUAACCAGAGCUUUGGAGCGUUGGAGGGUCUGUUGAGUCCAAACCGCCAAGAGACGAGGCGGUUUUUUGUAGAAGGGGAUCAAGAUGAAGCAAUGGGAAGCUCUCUGACACUAUCAAUGGCAGGUGGAGGCAUGGAGGAAGCAGAGAGGAGAAGAAACCAGCAGGACCAGUGGGUUAGUCAUGAAGGACCGUCAUGGAUUUGUUACACAUCACCAGGUGGACCAUUGGCUGAAGCACUCUUUCUUGGUGCCUCCAACGACCCAAGUGUUAGUACUACUACUAGUAGCUGCAGCAGAAGCUCAGGCUAAAUAAAAAUGACUUCAAGUUGUGUGAUUUUACAAGUCAAAAACCGGUUUAGUAAUUAGAAAUCAAAACUAUCUUUUAGAUUAUGAACCGUUCUCAGUGAUUUGUCUGAAAAAACUGAGCCAGACCUUAGUGCUUUUGUUUUGCUUCGCUUUUGUGGUUGGAUUUUGCAGAAGCUUAAACCGCUACUCUAUGAUGGAAAAGUGUUUGAAACACCGGUUUACUUAAACCACUGGAGAUCUAUUAAUUAAACUACUAGUAAUCUAUUCUAGAUCAUUAUCUUGGGUGGAGAGACAAACACAGAGCUAAGUUGAUAGCGAAUCUGCAGCAUUCUAGUUCAAAGUGAUUAGCACACUGAAUUAAAUAAAUCAGAACUAGUUCCGGUUCAAUAAACCGGUUUGGGUGAAGAGAACUCAUGUCUUUGUUGGGUUGGGGAUGCUGAUCUAUACUAUCUAUACUAUACUAAAAGCAGCAUAUACUCAACAGAGAAGCUGUCCACGUCGUUUAAAAAAAUCGUCCAAUCAUAAUCUUCAAAAUGACCACGUCAUACCGUUGUUUCUCAACGCAGAAUAAUAGCAGACCAAUUCAUAUGGGCCGAUAAUAUUUGGUUGCGGCCCAUUUUAAAUCAGUCCAAAUUUCUUAUUCCAAAUACAAACGUGUGACCCUUCUACUUCGCCUCAUCUUUUCCGAUUUCUGCAGAUUGUUGUUUCUGUUGAGUUAUUAUGAUCCAUCCUCACUCAUUCAAUCCCGUUAUUUUCUUCGAAGGUUACAGCAAAGACGAUCAAUAGAUCUUAUCUCACAUCCCAAUUUAAUUCUAUUUUGAUCGUCUCUAGCCGUUACACAUCCUAAUCUACAUCUCUGGAGAAACCGAUGGCUGAUACAUCUCAAGAUCUCACUUUUAGGGCGCUUCGUUUGAUAAAAUGAUGUAGUUCUCGCCUCUACACCCUUCAAAUCUGAGGCGAAAUGGUAUCUCAAAUGCAUGGUAUUCAUCUGAGACAUCUUUUUCCCACUGAUAUGGUGUCUUCUUCGAGUGGGGAAGAUGGCUUCGCGUCGUACCCGGUCAAACUAUUCAUCUCCACUGAGAAGGGAUAUGACAGAGGAGAAAGAUGAAAAGAUAGUCCCAAAUCUGCCUAAGAGUGUGGAGUUCCUGUCCAUGAUGACAAGUAUAGCCUCUCACGUUGUAAAGGCACUUCUCGACUUGGGUCACUCCGUAAGGACAACUGUUAGAGACUCCUCAGAUGAAGAGAAAGUUAGGUUUUUGUGGGAGUUGAAAGGAGCAAAAGAAAGGCUAAAGAUUUUCGAAGCCGAUCUAACGGUGGAGGGAAGCUUUGAUGAAGCAAUCAAAGGUGUUGAUGGAGUCUUCCACAUCGCCUCUCGUGUUACCCUUUGUGUGGACAGCAAUGAUCUGGUCAAAUGCAGUUUACUUUUGCUAGAAAUUAAUCUCAUUUUUAUUUCCAUAUCAAUCAAAGUAGUUGAUUUUUUUUCGUCAGGAGAAGUUGGUCGAUCGAGAUAUAAAUGGAACAAGGAACUUGAUGAACUCUUGCGAGAAAUCAAGAAACACUGUGAAGAGGAUUGUACUCACAUCUUCUUCGACCGCUGUCCGGUACCGUUAUGACGCCACAGAAGCCUCUCCACUUAACGAAUCACAUUAUAGCGAUCUUGACUACAGCAAAAGCUUCAAAGUAAGAAACAUACCUCACUUUUGUAUCAAUUUUAACCACUGUUUUAGUUAAUGAAUUGUCUGAAAUGUAUGUAGAAAUGACAAUGUAUAAGAAAAAUCUUCUUUUAGGAUGUUACAUAGAGUUGUGUGUAAAUGAAUUAUCGUAACGUUGAAACUCUUUAGCUUUGCCGAGUA